AGGAUCCCAAGCCCACUGCCCCUAUAGAAGGAGGAGGGGGCAGUCACAGUUGCCUUGAUGAUGCAAUCCUAAUAACCAAUGCUUAGGUGCAGAGCUUCAUUUUCCUCAUUCAGAAUGUUAUCAUCUUCUUCCAACCCAAACCCUAGCUUUCUCUGCAUCACCACACCCACCUCCACCUCCACCUCCACCUCCUCUCUCUCUCCUCAGUUCCCAAACCCUAACAUUUCUCUCUCUAACUCCAAUCCACACUUGUCUCGUCCUCCUCCUCAGAGCAUGAGUCCAUCCAAAUGUUUCUCUGCAACUUCUAACCCCAUCACCGUUUCGAAGACAUCCGAGUCGACAAGUGAAUUCGAAGCGAUUGAGUCGAGUUUGCACCCUCUCGUUGUGGUCUCCUUCUACAAGUUUGCUGAUUUCCCUCGACAUGCCGAUAUGCGUAAACCCUUGAAGGACCUCUGUGAGCUCCUGCGUGUUUCAGGUGGUAUAAUUCUUGCACCAGAGGGAAUCAAUGGUAGCAUAUGUGGUAUCCGGGAAUCAGUGGAAAAAGUUCUUCAAUUCAUUCAAACCGAUAAACGCCUAAAGGGGCUCAGACAAGUGGAGUCACCUGUGAGCCCUGAGGAGGAAGCUAUCCAUCAUGGACACAGUAGUAGUUCUCCUCUUGCAGCAGGGGAAGAUGCACCUUUCCGAUGGGAUCAUGUGAGGGUCAAGUUAAAGAAAGAGAUUGUUUCUCUUGGCAUGCCUACCGUAUCACCUGUUGAAAGAGUUGGAAAGUAUGUAAACCCAAAGGAUUGGAAUUCAUUGAUUAGUGAUCCAGAUACAGUGGUGAUUGAUGUGCGCAAUGACUAUGAAACUAGAAUUGGGAGGUUCAAAGGAGCAGUUGAUCCCCGUACAACGGCAUUCCGGAAGUUCCCAUCUUGGGUUGAUGAUCAAUUUCAACUUGCUGAACCAGAAGCCCAGGUAGAGUUGGAUCAUUUAGAUGGAAGCACAGAACAUAAUAUAGAGAAUCAAGGACAGAAAAUACCACCUAGGGUUGCAAUGUAUUGCACUGGUGGGAUUCGAUGUGAGAAAGCUUCAAGUUUUCUCCUCAGCAAAGGUUUCAAAGAGGUUUAUCAUCUGGAAGGGGGCAUUUUGAAAUAUCUGGAGGAAGUCCCAAAGACGGAGAGCCUCUGGGAGGGCGAGUGCUUUGUGUUUGACAAGCGAGUCUCAGUUGACCAUGGAUUGGUGCAGGGAACUUUCAAGCUAUGCUAUGGGUGCAAGCAACCAGUUAGUGAUGCUGACAUGGAAGCUCCGGAGUGGGAGUAUGGAGUUUCUUGCCCACACUGUUACUCAUCAAAAUCUGAAGAGGAGAAAGAGAGGGCAAGAGCUCGACAAAGGCAAUUUGAGACGUGGGGUAUUAUUGGCGGUCCAGACAAGGGGCGCCCGCCAGCAAGAACAAUUGAUGGCAUUCAGGGUGUCAACCAGGUGUCAAAAUCACUGUAGUAGGUGUUUGAGUAGUAGGUGUUUGAGAAGCCGAGUAAUGGUAGUUUUUGUUUUUUUGACUGAUGAUUGUGGCAGUGAUUAAAAAAAUUGAGUUUAGAAGUUUUAAGGUGAAUGAACUUUGUAAGCCAACCUUGGUUCAUAACUUCAUACGAAUGAGAUUACUCCUUUGUAUCAGAAAUAUGAUUUGGAAACUAGAUUAAUGUUUAGUUGGGUCUUGAUUCUCCUCAGGGCUUCUGGGAUACCUCUUAAGUGAUUAAGAAAAGCUCAUUCAAGCCAGGCGAGCUUCUGCACCCUCACCUUAACAAAUCAUAGUUAUUUGGCAUAUUAUGUCAUUGUGAGUUAAAUUA